AUGCGGGGUCUCGUUGCUACCAUUAUUGCUAUCGUAGCAACCAUCUAUUACGUGCCAUGGAAAGCUUAUUUUAAACAGAAGCCAGAGGCCUCCAGAGAGAUGAGAGAUCGAAUCGAAACCAUGUUCUUGGCGUCGUGGAUGGACUAUUCCAAGUAUGGCUGGGGUUAUGACAUUUACGGCCCGAUUGACCACUCUUUUCGCAAUAUGCCCCGUGGCGGUCAGCCGCUGGGUUGGAUUAUUGUGGAUUCAUUGGACACGUUGAUGCUAAUGUAUAAUUCUUCCGCACUACACAAAAGUGAAUUCGAGGCUGAAAUCCUGAAAUCAGAACACUGGAUAGAUACUGUCUUGGAUUUUGAUAUCGAUGCGGAGGUUAAUGUUUUCGAGACCACCAUUAGAAUGCUUGGCGGGUUAUUAUCUGCCUACCACUACUCUGAACAGUUUGAAGUGGGUAACAAAACUGUUUACUUGAACAAGGCCAUUGAUUUGGGGGAUAGGCUUGCUUUAGCGUUUAUAUCCACCCAAAAGGGAAUUCCAUACUCCAGCGUAAACCUUCACAGUGGCCAGGCUAUUAAGAAUCAUGUUAAUGGUGGGGCGUCAUCCACGGCAGAGUUUACAACAUUACAAAUGGAAUUUAAAUAUUUGGCAUACUUGACAGAGAAUAGCACUUAUUGGAAGAUGGUGGAGCGUGUUUAUGAACCAUUAUACAAAACCAAUGAUCUUUUAAAUGUCUACGAUGGAUUAGUGCCAAUAUACACAUUCCCAAACACUGGUAGAUUCAGUGGGUUUAAUAUUAGAUUUGGCUCUAGGGGUGACUCGUUCUAUGAAUAUUUGCUGAAACAAUAUCUAUUGACGCAUGAAACGCUUUAUUAUGAUUUAUAUAGAAAGUCGAUGGAUGGUAUGAAAAAACAUUUGCUAGCACGUUCCAAACCUUCUUUCCUAUCUUACAUUGGCGAAAGAGAGCGAGGUCUUAACGGUGUGUUUUCUUCAAAGAUGGACCACCUCGUUUGUUUCAUGGGUGGUUUAUUGGCAUCUGGUGCCACUGAAGGCCUUCCUGUUCAUGAGGCCCGCAGAAGGCCAUUCUGGGAUACUGACAGGGAAAAUGACUGGGAUUUGGCUAAAGAGUUAACGAAUACAUGUUACCAAAUGUACAAUCAAACUCCUUCAGGGCUAGCUCCUGAAAUUGUUGUUUUCAAUCAGGGAAAAGCAGCACCAAGAAGUUGGUGGCAGUCGUCACUGGGUGAUUUCUUUGUAAAGCCCUUCGAUAAACAUAAUAUGCAAAGACCGGAAACGGUGGAAUCAAUCAUGUUUAUGUACCAAUUAUCCCGUGAUAAAAAAUACCGUCAAUGGGGUGCUGAAAUUACAUCCAGCUUCUACGAUAAUACUUGUGUCAGUUGUAACGAUGCGAAAUUGAGACGCUUCGCAAGUUUAAGUGAUUGCAUCACAUUGCCUACAAAAAAAACUAACAACAUGGAGAGUUUUUGGUUGGCGGAGACUUUAAAGUACUUAUAUAUAUUGUUUUUGGAUGACUUUGAUUUGACUAAAGUUGUAUUCAACACAGAAGCUCAUCCCUUCCCAGUGCUGGAUAAGGAGGUAUUAAAGUCUCAACAUUUGACCACAGGGUGGUCAUUAUAG